AUGUCUCGUUCUGAGUGAGGAAGUGGAAAGUAAAGAUGGAGGCCGAUUGAUAUUAUUAUUGACAUCCUACUUCUAACAUUUCGUGUUCUUGUCGACUCACUGCUUCAUCAUGUCGAGAGCAUUGAUACCCAGUCAACAGAAGCUUGCUGAGAAGCUGACGGUCCUGACUGACAGGGGUCGGGGGAUGCUGACACGAAUUUACAACAUAAAGAAGAUGUCUAUGUUGGGCAGUGCAGAAAACAAGCCAGCAUUCCUGUCAGACAAAAACCUGGAAGCUGCGUUUAAACACUUACUAAGGAGGUUCCCCAAUCCUGACGCCAAAGCUAAUGCGUUGCUGCCUAUUAACAGCAUCAAGAAUGACGUGUGUAAGUCUCUCCAUCUGUACUACUUCACCUUCGUCGACAUCAUGGACUUCAAGGACCAUGUUGUUGACUUGCUGACCACCAUGGAUGCCUGCCAGGUUUACCUGGAUAUUACCUUGAACUAUGACCUGACCAAGAUGUACCUUGACUUGAUUGUGACGUAUGUAUCCAUUAUGAUCCUGGUAUCGAAGGUGGAAGAUCGUCGUGUAGUUCUGUCUCUGUACAACAUCGCACAUGAGUAUUUACACGCCACAGGGGACCCCUGGUUCCCACGACUCGGUCAGAUGAUACUGGAGUAUGACUACCCAAUGAAGAAGCUGGCAGAGGACUUUGUGCCUCACACAAGGGUGGUGCGACACGCAAUCCUGUCCCUGCAGAAGAUCUACCCAAAGCGUAACAUCCCUGCUGAUCAGAUGCGGGCCACCCAGCUCCUCACACUCCUUGGCGAGCCAGCUAAGAUCAUGAACGUCCCUAACACGGACAUGAUACAAUGUGAAUACUUGUCACAAGACUCCAUGGAGAAAUGGAUUAUCUUCUGCCUGAUGAUCUGCCACCCGUUCCUCCAGGAGCCACAGGCCUGGGACCUGUGGAAGACCGCUCUCCAAUCGGGCUACAUCGUCCAGCUGGUUCGGGACGAGGUCCUUCACAUACAUAGCUACAUCAUCUCAUUCUUUGAGAGUCUGAAAGGUCAGCACCUGAGUAAAAGAAUCAGUGAAAUCAAGGACCUUCAUCAUCAAGCAUUACAGACAGCACCAGGGGUUCACCGUGAGAGGAGGAAGUUCCUGCGUUCAGCCCUGAAGGAACUGGCACUAAUCUACACAGACCAGCCAGGACUCCUGGGUCCAAAGGCCCUGUAUGUGUUCCAAGGUUUGUCUAUAGCCCGAGACGAAAUCCAUUGGCUUCUACGACAUUUUGACAACCCUCCGUCUAAGAAACAUAAUAUAAAGAUAGCACAGGAGGACUUUGUUGAUAGACAAAUUCCUGAACUACUCUUCUACAUGGAAGAAUUAAAAGCUCUGGUGAGGAAGUACAACCAGGUGAUGCAGAGAUAUUACGUACAAUAUUUAUCUGGCUUUGACUCGGUCUUACUGAAUCAGCUUAUACAGAACCUAGCGAUGUGUCCGGAGGAUGAAUCUGUCAUUUUAUCAUCAUUAUAUAACUCUGUAGCUGGACUGACUGUACUACAAGUUGAGGCCAAUGAAGUAUUUGAUUUCCGGGGUAUUCGUCUGGACUGGUUUCGACUCCAGGCAUAUGCAAGUGGUAACAAGGCAGGACUUACCCUGAAGGAUCAUCAAGACCUCGGCAAACAUCUAAACAUGAUUGUCUUCCACACCAAGAUGGUGGACUUCCUAGACCAGAUGCUGACAGAGACCUCAGAUUUAUCUAUUUACUGCUUCUACACUCAGAUCUUUGAGCACCAGUUCAAACAAUGUAUAGAAUUCCCGUCACAGCACCGCUACAGCAUCGUCUUCCCCCUCAUCUGUGGACACUUCAUGAUGGCCACCCAUGAACUCUGUCCUGAGGAGAGACAUUCCAUAGGGACAACGAGCGUUCAGUAUGCCCACUGGUUCCUUAAGGAGAUCUCCGAUGAGGUGAACCAGGUCAUCACCGCUAUCUGUGAAGAACAGUGUCUACUCAGCUAUAAGCUGUUACCCAAACACAGUGCGGCUACAAUUGUGAGCUCAGCACAGAAGAACAAGCCUUCCAAGGACAAAAAUAAGAAACAUGUGGAAAAGGAAAGACCAGGGGAGGAGUCGUUCAGGAAAAACAGGGAAAACUUUACAAGGAUGGAUAAACUACACAUGGCCCUGACAGAGAUGUGUUACGCCAUCAACUACUGUAAUGUUAUACAGGUAUGGGAACACGGCUUUGUUCCCAGGGAGUUCUUCUUACAACAUCUAGAGACACGGUUCAACAAAGCACUAGUCGGUAUGAUGAUGUACAACCCAGAAACCAAUGAGAUUGCCAAACCAUCGGAGCUGCUGAGUGGUGUCAAAGCAGUGAUGAAUGUACUACAGGGACUAGAGAAUUAUGUACACCUGGACAUCGCGAGAGUGUUCAACAGUGUGCUGCCCCAGCAGACACAGGCUACUGACAGCUUCAACGGAGAGAAAACCAUCACAGCCAACUAUGCAAGCUGGUAUUUGGAUGUUCUGUUGAGGAAGGCCACUGUGAACAUCGGUCAGAUUGUUUACUCUCCCAAUUAUAAGUCAUUUGUGACGGUGGCUGCCGACUCCAACCAACAGGUGUUGCUGCAAGCUGAGGAAUAUGCUGACCUUACAGAAUUGCGGGCCUUAGCAGAACUCAUUGGUCCAUAUGGCAUGCGAUACCUGGGAGAGAGACUCAUGGGACACGUCGCUAGUCAGGUGGACGAGUUAAAGAAACUGGUUGCACAGAAUCGUGAGACGUUAAUUCAACUGAGGACAAGUUUUGACAAACCGGAAGUGAUGAGGGAGCUUACGAAAAAAUUAAACAAACCCAAGACAGCUGCAAAUUCAAAACAAACUGCUACAGAUGCUGACAGUGUACUGAUGCGGAUGACUAUGAUAGGUGUACUGCUGUCUUUCCGCUCCCUCGCCCAAGAAGCCCUACUUGCUGUGUUAGAGGAUCGCAUUCCAUUUCUAAUGGCAUCCGUCAAGGACCUUCAACAUUUUGUCCCCAACACCAAAGACUCGAAGUAUUCUUCAAUGAAACAGCAGGUGGUUAACGAGAUGGCCUCUGCUGGGGGUCUACCCUGUAACGUGGAUCCCACCCUCAUCAAUGCCCUCCGACAGAUGAAGAGUGGGCAACUCAAUUUGUCGGACUCGACAGACGACAUCUCUGAAGAACACAAGGAGAGUGAGUAUGAGGUUGUGUGUUUAUUGAUGGUCUUCAUCGCUGUGUCCAUCCCCAAGCUGGCCCGCCUGGAAACGUCCGUGUUCAAGGCCUCCUUGGAAGGACAUGUGAACAAUACCCACUGUCUCGCCAAAACCAUCAACCAGCUGGCUGGGGCUCUCUUCUCUAUCCAUGGACCGGGGGAUGUGGCCGACCGCCUCCAGGAGUUCUUAGCUCUUGCAUCCUCCAGUUUGCUCAGACUUGGACAGGAGAGCGAGAAGGAGAUGAUUCGUAACAGAGAGUCUGUCUACCUGCUGCUGGACGAGAUCGUACAGGAGUCCCCCUACCUGACUAUGGACUUACUAGAGUCAUGCUUCCCCUAUGCCUUGCUGAGGAAUGCCUACCACUCUACGUACAAGGCUUCUGCUCAUGAGACUUAAACAGAACAACAGUUACUAAGUCAUACCAACUACAGUGUAUAGCAGCUUCCCUACCAUUGUAUGGAUAAAGCUGUGGAACCUAGCUAAACAAUAGUAUAGCAGCUUCCCUACCAUUGUAUGAAUAAAGCUGUGGAACCUAGCUAAACAAUGAUAUAGCAGCUUCCCUACCAUUGUAUGGAUAAAGCUGUGGAACCUAGCUAAACAGAUUAUAGCAGCUUCCCUACCAAUGUUCGGACUUUGGGACUUGGAUAAAAGUUCCUCAAUGAGUGUAUAGCAGUUUCCCUACCAUUGUGUGGAAAAGACUGUGAGACCUAUAACUAUAGCAGCAUCACUACCAUUAUGUUUUUUCAAGGCUCAGGAACUUAGGUGUUAUCAGCUUCCCUACCACAGUGUGUUCGAGUCUUUAGAUUGUAGUUGUGUCAUAGAAAUAUUCCUGCCAUUGUGUGUACAACACUGUGGGACCUGGUGUAGCAGUUCCCCUACAGUUAUGCGUAGGAUGCUGUUGGCCACACAACACGAGAUUGAGAACAUUUAACAAGUGAUUGGUGGCAUUUGUUUGGUUACAACAAAAUUGUUAGGUAAUGGGGCUGGGACCUAACAGUCUUCUCCUGUGGGAGUAAACGUUGCUUUUCCAGGCCUAAAAUUAUAUAUCAUAUCUUCUUUGAAGUAUUUUUCACCACAGACUCCUGUUAAGAAGUGGCUGGACCAUUUUAGGUAAUUUAUGUCAAAAAUAGAAGAAUCCGAAUUGGAACACAUUUUUAGUUCGCUCCGAAUUGGAACACAUUUUUAGUUCGCUCCAAAUUGGAACACAUUUUUAGUGAACUAAGCAUUUCACAGGACGUAGUGGUGAUAUAACAACUUGAGUUGAUGUUAGAUACAAAGUCUAGACCAGUAAACAAUUAAAACAGCUUUUCCCAAAAAUAUUCUGACCAGGAGGCUUAUAUUCACAAGUUAUAAUGAUAUAAUACAGAAUACAUACAAUACCUUAAUAUAUUUGGUACAUUAUUUGGGAAACUACUGAUGUUAAUCCAGACAUAUAAGGAACUCACAGUGGUGUGACAUGUGUACGUGAAUAGCAGUAGUCUAUAUAUAGGCAGGAGUAUCAACUUUGUAAUUAGAUAAAACAUGGUUGAAAUAACUAAUUAUUAGUCAUCUAGACAUAUACAAUACUCCAAAGCUUACCAUAAGAAACUGCAUAAUGUGUGUUUCAUAAAAUGUACUCUAUAUUAAAGUAUAUAAGAGAUACAGGAUAAUGUUAAUGGGAUGCCUCUACUCCUUCACAACUAGUAACUGGUUUACUGAUCCUUCAUUAUCAUUGUAAAUGCCCUUCUCCAAAUAUUUCUUAACUAGUGUUAUAUUUGGGAUUGUCUCCCUUUUACAGACAACUAAUAGGGGAUUACCUCCCCUUAACAGACAAGUAACAAUGAAAGCGAGUCGUCAUCUGUACAUGUAUAGGGCUGCUUCCCCUUACAAACAAAUAACCUGUAUCUCAAACUAUCUUCCCUCUAGAGACAAAUAAGAGAUACUCAUAUUGGGUUGUCUCCCUUUAACAUGUGUGUGAUGCAGUGGUUUAAAAGGUAUGCCUGCCAGGCCAAGAUAUGACAUUUGUCAAGUAGUAUGAAAGACAAAAUGUUACUUUUUGUAAUUUCGUCAAUGUUAUAUGCAAAAAAAAUAUUGUGCAAAUAUAGCUAGCUUACUUUGUAUUUUGAAAUUUGAAUGCAUCUACAUUUUUGACCAAAUUGAUAUAAGUAAUGGAGAGAAAGGUUUCCGUAUGUGUGAUUGUUUACAAAAUCUGGUUAAUUUUACUUUGUGUAACAGCAUGUUAAAACCUCUCGAUGUAACAGAAAUAGACAUGUUAGUCUAGUAUGUAAGCCAAUAAAAAAAGUCAUAUAAUGUGGAUAAAACAUAGAAAAUUAUACAAACUUUGUUACAAUUAUCACUCUAAAAAAAAUUAUAGGGGAGCAUGCAAUAAGAAUCUCGAAUAAAAAAAUGGAGAUAUACAUAUAUAUAACUGUACAUACAAAAUGUAUAUUUAAUUAGAUUUACACACAAUGCAGAAUUAUACCUGCUUAUCAUCAUAAAGCCAAAAUAUUGAUUGAUUGUGAAAUUCUUGUAGAAUUGUAAAAGUGCUUUGUAAUGUUAAGAAGAUUUGGUAUAUUGAUCUGAAAUAUAGGAAUGUUCAUGAUGUUGAAAACAUUCUGUUACAGGGUUCACUGAAAAAUGUUUUUUACAAAAAAAACCUGUUAAUGCAGAUUCAAAUGAUGAUGGUGUACUACUAGAGUACAUAAAUUUGAAUCUCAUUCAUAUGUGAUUGCUAUCAUUGAUAAUCCAUGUGAUCUAACAAAUAAAUUAUACUAGUGUAAGGUUGUAGCCAAAUGUCUACACAGAACAAAGUUCUAGCAUCAUUGUGUUGGUGUACAAAGACGUAGACAGACACAGGGGACAUUGAAGCUUCUGGAAUACAGGGCAAUGUUCCUCUUCAAUAGUAAGAUAUUUUCAUCCAGGCUUAUUUUUGCCUUACAGUAAAUAUAUGUAUAAUGUCUACUAAAGUUGACUGUCUUGAUAAAUUCACCCUCAAUAUAAAGGUAGAAAAUGGGGAAAAAACAUGUGGCUAACAUUUCCAGGUACAAAAUAUAUAUUGAAAAUACAUUUAAUGCUAAAAAAUCAAUACUUUAAUUGACCUGGUCUUUUAAUACCAAUUCUUUAAGGGUUUUAAUCUGUCAAGUAAAUCUGCAUUAAUAGGAUUUAUUGAGGUGUGGAUAUCACCUGUUGUGACUAACGAACCAAAGGUAUUUCAGUCAUAAUCAAAGCUUUACAACACAAAUAGGUACUUGUCUUACUCCUCCAUCUUGUCAUCACUCAUGUAAAGUUCUAGAUCAUUAAUUUACAUUUUAGAUAUUGUACAGAAGGAUUUUUGAAAUAAGCAUAUAUACCUUUUUAAUUAAAGCAUGCAUGUUUUUAUACCAAAUAACAAUAUAUGCUAUUGACGUUUGUGUACACAUUGUGUAUAUAUGUAAUAAAGAUACUGAAACUCA